AUGGUGAUCUUGUUGGAGGGACCAAUGCUAGAACGUGUUAUAGAGGGCUUAUCACAUGAUCCUAUGGCGAAAUCACUAAAGGAACUUACCAAGGAAGGCAAAAUGAAGAUAAUUUUGUUCAUGCGGGCAUGCAUCUUGUUCAUGCGGACAUGCAUACUGGAAAUACUCUUUAGUUCAAGGCCUCAUGUUAUCUUACUUGAUGUGGGCAUGACAGCUGAACUCUCUGGGGCUGUUGCCCUUCGAGAUGGUCUCAAUGCUGCUAAGUGCACACUUCGAUUAUCUAAAAAGCAACGUUGCCCCAAUCCAAAGGCUUUCGUGGAGGAUGUUGAGAAAUCUUUCGAUUUAUGGGACUCCCCAGUUGGCGAGUCUAUCCACCCAGGCGAGUGCAUACAGCAACUGCUUGAGCAUGUUAGACGUCAUAAAGUCAACAUCGAUGGAAAUGUUUGUACCGUAAUCGUUACCACCUUGGUUCUCGAGGGAUGGCAGCGGAAGCUCGAUCCUCAACUGGACGUGAUGCGCACGUUGCAGACUUUGCUAUUUAAAGUUGACUGGGUUAAUUAA